AACGGGGGCCGGUUGGCUCUUUGGCAGGUAGCGUCGCGCGCCUCCCAGCCGAUCACGCCGUUCCUCGUCUUCGGAAGGUGAUUGGGUGUUGCGUCCGAGCGGCGUUCUCUCCGCCAGGCGAGCGGGACCUUUUGCUCUCCGAUUAUCGUUGCAGCCGAGGGACGGGUGGCUACGGGAGCGGACUCCGUAGCGAAGGCGCUGGGGAAGAGGUCUGCUUCCUUUUCCUGCUGCCGCGUGAGGCCUCCCCCCCCCCCGAAGAUCACAGGGUGCCACGGAGACACCGCGGCCCAGGCUCUCUAUGUUGAGGCCGCACUGACGGAGACUGGCCGUUUGCUCCGCUCGCUUGCUCGUUCGGAGGCGCCGUUUAAUCAGGCGGCCUCCGUGCUCGUGACGAGAAAGAUUUUGACGGGGCGCUCAAAGGCCGCCCAACUUUAUUCUGGAAUUUCGUGGUUGAAAAGCGGAAGGGCAGCACAGCUUUUGGAGACAUCAGCCGUGCCUGCUGAAAAGCUUCCUGCUCCCCGCCACCGCAGCUACCUCCUUCGGAGCCUUCCUGACCAUAAUAGCAGCCCCAGCAGUUAUACAUUUCUCAAUGACAUGCUGAAGUAUCUGACCUGUAAGCCCUGCUCCCUGAGAUAAGGUAGUAUUUCUUAAGCAGAAAUGAAGAAUAAAAAACAAUCUGUUCAGAAUGCAGACGAUGACAAACAUGAGGCUGCAAAAGGUGAGGAGAAUGAAGAAAACUCUUCUUCCUCCUUUGACUUUUUAUCUGAUGAAGAUGAUCGCUGCCCAAUCUGUCUAAAUUGUUUGGCAGAGCAGGAAGUUGGCUUUCCUGAAAAUUGCAACCAUAUCUUCUGCAUGGCCUGCAUUCUUAAAUGGGCUGAAACAACGGCUUCAUGCCCAGUGGAUCGCAAACAAUUCAAAGCUGUAUAUAAACUAAAUACUUCAGAAGAUUCUGUAAAGGUUCAAAUAAAGCAACAAAUAAGCAAAAAAGAUGACAUCAGUUUUAAUAAGGGCAAAAAUUGCCCUAUAGCUAUGAAAACUUGCAAAAGAAAACAGGAAAAUGCUGGCAUAAGUUUUUUACCAGUAAUCUAUAAAAGCUGGAACCCAAAAUACAAUCCUUCAAACAAGGAAGACGUUACAAAUUCAGUGACGAAAAAAAAGCCUAGAAGACAGACCUGCUUGAACAGAUUCUUCAAAAGUAAUUGGUGUGAUAGAUUUUCUUCUAAUAGUAGUUUCUCUGAUGUAUCUACUAAUUAUCAAAGUGAAAGUAUAGAGAUCAGCAAAAUUGACACAAUUAUCAGACACAAGAGAAGAGAAUUGGAGCUGUCUUGUUCUGUAUUAGCAAGAGUGGCAAGAAUUCCUUCCAUAUGUUCUGAAGCAGAAAUAGCACCUUGUCUUGUUCUGGAAACAGUUUUUUCAAUAAGUACUUCACCUUUGGAAAACUUUGGAUCUUCUAAAUCAGGACAUGUUGUUACAUGUGUCCAUGAAGGAGAAGAAAAAAAGCAGACUUCCAGUACUACUGGCACAAAAGAAACAAAAAGGAAAGUUUCAGAUACUACUCCCAGAAGACGAUCUACCCGAAAUAUUAAAACAGAAACUUCAUAUCAGUGUCAGAGUUCACCAAAAUCCAGUAACACUGGAUAUGAGGCCAGUGGUGAUGGUAGCUCAUUUGUGAAUGUUUCUUUUACGGAAUUGGAGAAAUUAACCACUAAACAGAAAGCUAGAAGAAAUGUUAAACAGCAGGAACCUUUGGCUAAAAAGAAACUAAGAAGUUCUGGGCGUUACGGAAAAGUAUCUAGUAAUAUAGAUUUUGAUGAACCUGAUGAGACAGAGAUAACCUUGCUAUUAGACAAAGGCAACUUAGCAGACAGUGAAAAUAGCACCUCUGACCUUACUCAUAAAAAUGAUGUUGACACCGAAUCUUCUAAUGGCUUAGAAAACUCCUAUGUAACAUAUAAGAAGAAACCUAAGGAAUGCUGCUGUGAAGGGCAAGAUACAUUGGAUAUCUUAGAAACUGGUUCCCAUGUUCAAGAUCCUCCAUCACUUGCCUUAGAAAAAGCUGCUGGUUCUUGUGUUGAGGAUCUUCCUUUGCUCACUCUAGAGAGAAACACUGAAAAAUGUGAAGAAAAAGUUGACAUUGAAACUGAAAACAAGUUAUAUUAUAAAAAUACUGCUGAGCAAGAUCAGCAUUUAAAUAUUUCUGGAGAACAAUUGUGUGAUGAUAAUAUUACAUUUACUCUUCAGUCUCCAGAAUUAGGUAUCCCCGCCAUUGAAUUGCCAGCAAAAUUGGAUCCUCUGGCAGUAACAUAUCAAAUAGUAGAAAGUCCUGGGAAAGAAUUAGGGAAAACAGAAUGCAUGUCAAUAGUAGAUGACAUUUCAGCUGUUUCUAGACAUGAGUUGCUAGGAGGAUCAGAAUCUGUUCCAGUAGCAGAUAAUUUAUUGGCUGGUACUAGAAAUGAAUUCCAGGAAAAACUGGAAUCUGAGGUAAUAGCAAAUAAACUAGUGUCUUGUCAUAGAAAUGAAUUAAGAAAACCAGAAUCUUCCGCAAUAGAUGGAAUACUGGAGAAACCCAUAACUGAAUUUGCAGAAGAAAUAGUCACGAAGCCGCUAGAUAAUAUCACAAGUGAAGUCCCGUUGUAUUCUUUAGGUGUGCAAGAUGUUGAAAUUGAAAAAAAAGAUUCAAAUGUAUAUAUAACCAAUGAAUAUCUAAAUAAUAAUGACUUAUUAAUAAACGUUUCCUCAGAGAAUAAACUUAAUCUGUCUUUUGAAAAUGAUAAAGCAGAAAUUGAAACUAUUACAUCACCCAAGAUAUGUACUGAAGAUAUUAAACACUUUAACAAAGAUGACAAUGAGAUAGUAUCUAUAGAAUAUGACUCAUUUAAUAGUAAUCGUAGUGCAUAUCAGCUUGACCAACCAUUAAUAAAUGACAAUAUAGAGCAGAAAGCAAAUUUCUUACAAAAUGAUAGUAAACAUUCUGUAUCACUUUCAAAUUCUGAUAAGAAAGAAGCAAAAGAAAGUUUCAGAGAUAAAAAGACACGAACCAGAAGAUCACGAUUUCAUUCUCCAUCAACCACUUGGUCCCCAUCCAAGCGAGAGGGGAAAAGAUCUCAAUCCCCAUUCCCAAACAGGGAAAUUGUGGGGGAAGAUAGAAUGUCUCGAUCUCCCAAAAGGGAUAUUUUCAAAGAAAGUCAAAGAUCUUUAUCCAAAUCUCCUAAAAGAAAUCCUGUAACAUCUGCAUCCAGUUCUCCCAGAACAGAUAGCCUGAAAGAAAAGAAACAGUCACUGCUGAGUUCUCCCAGAAAAGAUCAUUUAAGAGAAGGAAGAAAUUCUCCAACCAACUCUCCAAAAAAAGAUUAUAUCAAAGAUGGAGUAAGAUCUUCUCAGAUGCAAGCUAAGGAAUCACCUCCACGGUACAAAUGUAGGUCUCCCAGUAAGGACAGAGCUAAUGAUAAAAAUGAAUUUAGAAGAGAGAAUGAAAGAGGGAGAAGUAGGAGAAGGUGGUCACAGUCACGAUCAAGAUCUCGAUCCAGAUCCAGAUCUAGACCAAGAACUAAAGGGCCAUCAUUCCCUAGAAAUGAGAGGGAUGGUUAUUCACCACCUCAAUGGAAGGAAAGAUGGACAAAUGAUAAUUGGAGAAGCCCCAGAGGAAAUGAUAGAUACAAAAAAAGUGAACAGCAGAAACAAACAGAGUGUAUGAAAAGUGAAAGAGAUAGUGUAAAUAAAGAUGCAGAUACACAGAGUUCUUCCGAGCAGUACAGAAAGGAUUAUCCAGAUUGGGUGAUGGAAAGAAUAAAUUCAGUUCCAGAAACAAAGAGUAGAGAAAGAGAGAAUUUUAGAAAUCAGCAACGGGAAGAAAAUAGGCACAAUGAUUCAGGGGCUUUGUGGAGUGGAAAUUAUGGUUCAGGUUGGAAUUCAAACCAUGGCAGAGGCAGUCGUGGCAGAGGUUGUUUCACAUAUGGAGAGCAGGCUGAAAGUCGCUGGCAAAAUAGGAAAGCCCACUCAAGGAAUGCAAAUAGUUCUAGUAAUGAAACUUCUAGAUUUCCAGAACAUCACCCAUUCAAACGUAAAGCAGAACAAGAUUUCACUUUCGAUACACCUGCUGAUAGAUCUGGAUGGACAACUGCAUCAAGCUGGGCUAUAAGAAAGACUUUACCAGCUGACGUACAGAAUUACUAUUCAAGAAGAGGUAGAAAUUCUUCAAGCCCACAGUCUAUAUGGACAAAAGAAGAAGUAGCAUCUGAGCAAGAUCCAAACUUCAAAGACCAAACCAGCCAACAAAGUGAUGCUUCUCAGCUACCAGUAAAUGUAUUGCAACCUCAGAUGAAUGUAAUGACAUCAGUAAACACACAGCAUCAGCCGAUGAGUAUCUUCCCGUAUACAAUGGGUGUUCCUACUCCUAUUAUGAACAUUCAAACCAAUCCAUUUAACCUUCCUCCACCGGUGCCCAUGCAUCUUCAUUCAGGACUGCCUCUUGUCCAGGUAGCAGCUUCAUCCAGUGUGUCUCAGGGACCACCUCCUCCACCACCACCACCUCCUCCAUCCCAGCAAAUUAACUUCAUUGCUUCCCAAUUUGAUGGACAACAGUUGCAGGCUGCUCCAACUACUUCCCAUGUUGCUAACAGCGUGAAUACAGCACACUUGUCUGCUCCAAUAGCAGCUCUGGGAACUGUGGAAUCUAUUCAGGGAUCGAAUUCGGGUAACACAGCAUCAUCAAAUAACAUCAAAUCCUCAAAUACUGCUGUAAAAUUUAUGGAAAAGAAAGUAAAUGUCACAGUGGAAGCCAGCGCAGAUAGUUCCAAAAAAGACCAGAAAUUAUUAAUUCAAGAAAAAGCUGCACAAGAAGUAAAACUUGCUAUUAAGCCUUUCUAUCAAAAUAAAGAUAUUUCUAAAGAAGAGUAUAAAGAGAUAGUUAGAAAAGCAGUAGAUAAGGUAAGUAAUAUUGAUAAUGCUCAUCAGUGAUUAGCAGUCUAAUUUUAUUAAUACUUUCAGGCUUUUGGACAUAGGAGGUAAUAGCUUCAACUCUAUAAUAUAGCUGAAGCUUUUACAGACAUUUAUACAUCAGAUAUUGUUUCUCACAUAUAAUCACCAUCAUACUGACCAUGUUCUUCAUUUUGGGGCUACAUAAUUAGAGCACAGCAAAGUAUGUGGUGCAAAAUAAGAUGUGAAGGCAAAAUUGUAUCCUUGUGAAUUAUCCUUGUUUUUACCUCAAUCAUGUACUGUUUCCUACAGAGUUUUUUGUUCUUUUCUCUCUUAUUAACUUUUCUCUCUUAUUAACUCCAUCCAACCACUAUUUUCCUGGUCUUCCCUUUAUCUCAAUGUCAGGUAUCUAAGUAAUAGAUCUAUUGCAAGCAAGAACUCUGAGGCAGGUGAAUUCCUCAAAGAAUAGCUUUAUUGGAAAUAUCAUAUUGGCACAUAUCUGGUGAAAACCAAGUGGUCCCUUGGUUUUCACCUAAUUAAAAGUAAAAGUUUUUCCCUCAAUCCCAAACAGUCAGUCACCUGGGCCAAUCAAGGCAGCAUCUGCUGGUCUGGUGACAUCACUCCUUCCUCCUCCAGCCAGUUG